AAUGCUAAUCUUGUCUCGCUGCUUGCGUGGCGGUAAAGCGUCCCCUCCUUCCGGGGCGCUCGCUGCUGAAAUGCAGAUAUAACCAGUGCUUCUCCGACUUUCCGCAAUUAAGAUCGCAUGUUGGCCUUGACUGCGGCACUCAAGGGACAACGAGAGUACAUUCAGCAGCUUGUAUUCAUUGCGUGACUGAGCACACUCAGUGGAGCAGGCCCGCGCAGCUUGGCUGCUUGCGAUCGCUGAGACGAUAGUCGGUCGGACCUGUGUUAUAUAAUAAAAGAAUGCCCGAACCUAGCGCAUUUCGCUUGCCGAGACAAGAACUGGACUUAGAGAUUGACAGACUCAUGUCGGUAGUCAUCGAGGACGGAGUGGUCCGCUCAACAGUCCAGGACCUGCCCAUUCCAGACGUGGACGUCGGUGCUUUCUUUCGCAGCACCUGCAGGAAGUUCAAGGACCGGACUGCUCUGAUUGAAGAUGAGACGGGCGAACGAUGCAGCUUCCAGAGGCUGGAAGAACUGUGCUCCAGAGUGGCCGUCGGUCUCAAGAAGCUGGGCUUCCGUCCCGGAGACAUGGCGGGCAUUCAUAGCACGGUCAACCUGGACCUGGUCUUUGCCUUUUACGGGGCGCUCUUCGCCGGGGGCAGCGUCGUCUUCGCCAAAUCCAACCUCACGCAACGAGAAGUGGCAUAUCAGUUUGGUGAUUCGGGCCCAAGCAUAGUUUUCUGCGAUGAACAAAAUGCGGAUAAGACCUUGAAAGCCUGCAAAACACUUCCAUCAGUGAAGACGCUGGUUGUCAUCGGCCAGCGACCGGACAUGAUUUCCUUCUCGACGUUGAAGCAGUCUCCUCUCAGCGAAUUCCACCCGCCAGAGUCCAUCGAUCCUCAGGAUAUCAUGGCUAUACUCUACUCCAGUGGUACAACGGGACUUCCCAAGGGAGUAAUGAUGUCCCACAAAAACUUCCUCGCCCAGGUGCUGGUUUCAGGCGACGGCGGCUCGAGGCUCAUGGAGAAGAACGACAUCAUGCUUGGGACAGCACCAUUCACGCACGUGUCUGGUCUGUGGCUGUACAGCACCGCCCUCUCGGUCGGCGCCACAGUCGUCAUGCCCAGCAAGAAUGAGCCCGAAGACGUUAUCCCGGCCAUCGAAAAAUAUAAGGUUACGCAGAUGAUCCAGUUCCCAACGUCCGCCCAAAAGUUGUUGCAGUGUCCCUUGGUAAACAAGCACGAUCUGAGCACCAUGAAAAAGCUCAUCAUCGGGGGAAGCACGACGCCAACUGUGGUCGCUCGGGGAAUCAUCGACAAACUGAAGCUCAAGAGUUUCAGACACGUGUAUGGUCUGAGCGAAACUUGUGGGGCAAUCUCAGUCACUCCUGCCAGCUUAGAACACUAUGAGAGCGUCGGAAUGCCCAACCCCUUGACGCAAAUGAAGGUUGUGGACGUCGGCACAGGAAAGAAGCUUGGACCUCAUCAGCUGGGAGAAGUUUGUGUAAAAUCGAUUUACUGUGUUCGCGGCUACUUCAACAAGCCUGAAGCUACUGCCAAGCUUUACGACGACGAAGGCUUUCUUAAAACUGGGGACAUUGGGUACUACACUAAAGACGGAUACUUCUACAUCGUGGACCGCAUCAAGGAGCUCAUCAAGUGUAUGGAUCAGCAGGUCUCGCCUGCGGAGCUUGAGGACCUCUUACUAAAGCACGAGGCCGUAAAAGAAGUCGUCGUCAUCGGCGUGCCUCACUCAGACUUCGGCGAAGCCGCACGAGCGUACGUCGUCCUCUUUCAAGGUUUCCUUGAAAGCAAGGCGCUGGAAGGCCAAUUGAAGAAACUGAUCUCAGACCAGUCAGCUCCACAUAAGCAGCUUCACGGAGGGAUCGAAUUUGUGUCCAACAUUCCCAAGUCGGACACUGGAAAGAAUCUGCGGAGGGCCUUGAGGGACUCCUACAUGAAGCGCCUCGUUGCAGCAGGAAAAUAGAAAGCUUUCCUAUUACUAAUGGCAAUCCCUUGACAUUGUAAACAAAUAUGCUUCUUGCGUUUUCUGUGUGAUAACACUGAUAAGCAUCGCAGAGUAAGCUAACGAGACUUAUAAUGAGUCUUUUUUUUUAAGUCAGAGGAGCUAGGGGAGCUAUUUGUGGUCAACUUAGCUUAGCCUUCAUCAAUGUGAGAUAGAUGAAUUGCCGCAGCUAUCAAUCAUUAUCAUUGCUCAAAACAUGCCCCUAGUUUGCUAUGCUUGUACUCGUACAAUGUUUUAUAUUUAAAGAUUAAAGUCAAAUGAUUUACCGCCGAAUUCCAGAAACCUCACUCAAACUACACUCGAACUGAAG